GCCAAAAAUUUCUUCUUUUUUCUUUUCCCUCUCUGAAACUAAAAAAAAAUUAUAUGGAGACUCAAAAACGCCUCCAGAAUGGGAACAAUGUUGACGGAGAUGGAUCGGCCUUAAUCUUCCUCGGAACCGGCUGCUCCAGCGCCGUCCCCAACGCAAUGUGCCUCCUACGGCCAUCUGAUCCUCCUUGUCAUGUUUGCUCUCAAUCCCUCCAGAUCGCAACCCUAAUUUCAGAUUUUUGUUCGACCAAUGGUAUGCAUAAUUAUAUUUUAAUCGAUGUUGGGAAGACAUUUAAGGAGCAAGUUCUUCGAUGGUUUACGUUCCACAAGAUUCCUCGGAUCGAUUCGCAUUGCCACAAAAUUUCCUUGGUUCAGAAGAAACUUAGAGACGGUCAAGAAGUACGGAGGGUGGCACAGCUUGACUGGAAGAUAAUUGAGGAGAGCUGUGACAAGUCAUUUGUUGCUUCAGGACUAGAAUUUGUUCCUUUGCCAAUGAUGCAUGGAGAAGAUUAUAUCUGUUUGGGUUUUCUUUUUGGUGAAAAUUUUAAAUUGGCUUAUAUUUCUGAUGUCUCACGUUUUCCUUCAAACACAGAGUAUGUUAUUUCCAAAAAUGGUGGUGGACAAUUGGAUUUUUUGAUAUUGGAUUGUUUAUACAAGAAAGGAUCCCAUAACGUCCACUUAUGCUUACCCCAGGUUUAUUCUAAAUUUUCCAAUAAUUCAUCUUCGAAUUAAUAUUUUAAUUGUCACAAACCAAUCAUAUCCCACUCUCGCUUGUUUUAUUUUAAUGGUCAUCAAUGUCUCCUUGCGUUCGAUUUUUUGCCCAUUAGGAAGAGAGAAGCCUGAAAUUCACUGGCACUUCCCAUCCAUAUGCUUCGUCUCUCAACAUGACAAUGAAGACAACUUG